AUGGUGAUGUUCCUAGGGGAUUUUAAUGCUGACUGUGGCUAUCUGGCCAAGAAGAACAGGCAGCAUGUACGUCUCUAUAGUAACCAGGCCUUCCUGUGGCUGAUAGGAGACAAGGAGGACACCACCGUUAGACAGACCACCACCUGCGCCUACGACAGGUACGUCUGUCUGUCUGUCUGUCUGUCUGUCUGUCUGUCUGCCCGUCUGUCUAUAUGACUGUCUGCCUGUCUGUCUGCCCGUCUGUCUAUAUGUCUGUCUGUCUGUCUGCCUGUCUGUCUGUCUGUCUGUCUGUCUGUCUGCCUGUCUGACUGUCUGUCUGCCUGUCUGUCUGCCUGUCUGCCUGUCUGUCUGUCUGUCUGCCCGUCUGUCUAUAUGACUGUCUGCCUGUCUAUAUGACUGUCUGUCUGCCUGUCUGUCUGCCUGUCUGUCUGCUGUCUGUCUGUCUGCCUGUCUGUCUGUCUGUCUGCCCGUCUGUCUAUAUGACUGUCUGCCUGUCUAUAUGACUGUCUGUCUGUCUGUCUGUCUGCAUUGUAGGCUGGUCAGUGCACUGAUCUACAAUGCGCCUUUGAUUGAAUCCCCACCCUGUUUGUUAACCCUGUUUGUUAACCCCGUGUGUUAACCCCGUGUGUGUGUGUGUUGUAGGAUCGUGGUCCACGGGGAGGCAUUUGCAAAUGCCAUCGUGCCCCAGUCCGCACGACCUUUCAACUUCGCCGAAGAAUACCACCUCACAGAAGAACAG